CCCUCUCUGGCAGUCAUCCUCUCCCGCCGCGCUGCUGAGGCUGCGACGUUAGCUGUGGAUGGAAAAAAAUAAAGCCAUCUCCCUUUGCUUCAGCCAACGGACGCGUCAUUUGGAAAGGAAAUAAGUGAAGCCGCAUGCCCUGUUUGGUGUCCUGUAGCGCUGGCAGGACCACAGAAGACCCCGACCGAGUACUACAAGAGUACAUCUAUGUGUACAUCCUCAACCGUCGGCCUUCAUCCGGAGCAGCGUCCCUCGUCAGGAGGACACACAGGGGGGCCGACAAGAGAAAGGAGCACUUUUGUGUCCGGAUAAACUGACAACUGAAGAGGGGAGAGGAGGCAACAAAGAGAGCAAACAGAUGUUGCAUCAUUCCAAGGACCCAUCCAUUUGAUUGAGUCACAGCGGAUGCCACAGGAGAGACAAUGAAGACGAGCCGCGUCACUCCGCAUUGCAGCCCAACAAGAUAUGACAUAACAUGGUCCCCCUGCUAAUAACCACAAUGAACACAAAGCUGUGACGGCCUUUGUGAAAGCUUCACCCCUUUUCUCAGCAUCCAAACCCAGACCGUACUCCUCUUUUUAAAGACACCACUGUUGCUUCCCUUUUUUCUGCCAACACAACCUCCUUUCCUUCCCGCUCUUUUAUUUUCCUUACAUAAUUAAAGCUGCCCCUCCUUUUGACUUCUUUUUAUCGGCAUCAUGCAGGGUGCUUCUUCCACCUCCACUCUACAUUUUCUCAUACUCCCCUCCCUCCUGUUCUUCUCCUUCCUUCCCCAAAUGGUCCACGGGGACUGCUGGCUCAUUGAGGGGGACAAAGGCUACGUGUGGCUGGCGAUCUGCAGUCAGAACCAGCCGCCGUACGAGACUAUCCCGCAGCACAUCAACAACACCGUCCAUGACCUGAGGUUGAAUGAGAACAAGCUGAAAGCGGUGCUCUUCAGCUCCAUGUAUCGCUUCACCAACCUGACUGACCUCAACCUCACCAAGAACGAAAUCAGCUAUGUUGAGGACGGAGCCUUCGCGGGACAAGCCAACCUGCAGGUCCUUCAGCUGGGCUACAACAAGUUGACAAACCUGACCGAGGGCAUGAUGAGAGGGCUCGGCCGCAUGCAAUGCCUCUUCCUCCAGCACAACCUCAUUGAAGUCAUUGCCAGCAAUGCAUUCUGGGAGUGCCCCAGCCUCAGCAGCAUUGACCUGUCGUCCAACAAGCUCGGCCGCAUUGACCCAUCUACGUUCACCGUUCUCAGCCGGCUGAUGGUGUGUGAACUGGCAGCCAAUCCGUUCCAUUGUGGCUGUGACCUUUACAGCUUCCUCACCUGGCUGGAGUCCUUCAACAAUGUAACGCACACCUACGACCGCCUCCAGUGCGAGACGCCCCGCGAGAUGUUCGGCUACCCCUUACUAACCGCUGCCGGCCACGCUGGACGCAACGCCAAAAACAUUUUGUACCAUCACUGCCGAGAUGGAGUGAUGAUUCCAGGAAUGACCUCUCUCCCACCCGAUCUGGAUGGUUCUUCCGGGAUGGGGCCCGAGAUGUUUGGCGGUAUGGGUCCGUACAACCAGCCCACCACCUCUUCCUCAUCGACUGAGCACAGUUUUGUUCCCAGCAUCAAGCUCCAUCAUUUCAGUUUGUCGUCGGCCUCUCUCCUUGUGCAGAUUCCAAAUCCCUUCAGCAAAAUGUACAUCCUAACACAAUACAACCAGACGUACGUGUCCGACGUCAUGAAUCUGAAACACAAGAAGGAGAUGAUCACGCUCAACAAGCUCAAACCACACACCAAUUACACCUUCUGCGUAGCGUCCAUUCGGAACUCUCAACGCUACAACCACACCUGCCUCCAGUUUGCCACCCGGGAUGAUAAUCAGGACGACAAAGUGCCCCCACCUUCCACCACUUCGCACUACAUAAUGACCAUUGUCGGCUGUCUCUUUGGCAUGCUCAUCGUUCUAGGCAUUGUCUACUAUUGUCUACGCAAGAAACGGAUGCACGACGAGAAGAGAAAGUCCAUCUGCGUCAAAAAAACGAUUUUGGAAAUGCGGUAUGGACCGGAGGUGGCGGCAGCUGUGGCAAAUGAUCCCUUGGCGGUCCAGAAGCUGCAGGAGCAGUCAAGAGAGCACCACCAGUAUCAACACCACCACGGAGGCAAACUUCCCAUGUCCGCGUCCUGUGGCUCGUCCAACACCAGUUCCUCCCGGCUUUCCUCCAUCCCGCAAGUGGAAAAGAUGGCCACGGCCUUUUCAGAGGCCAUGGCUACAAGUAAAGGAAACUACAUGGAUAUCCGGACUGGAGGGGCAGGGAUGGAGAGGAUGGGAGACGGUGGGCACGGAGGGAGGGACUUGAGAGACGAUGACGGAACUGAUGGCGGGGAUGACUCGGACGAGGACGGACACGGCUCUGCAUCGGAGAUUUCCACCAUUGCCAUGGAGGUGGACAAGGUCAAUCAGAUCAUCAACAACUGCAUUGAUGCACUCAAACUGGAUGCGGCAGCCGUCGCAGCCUCAGGAGCCUCUACGAACCAUACGGCCAGCUCCAAUCCCACCUCCCCUCCCCCCACCAGCACGUCCUCCCUUACUCGUGGCCUAAUCCCAAUCUCCCAAGGGAUGACAGAAGCGUGCCAAGUCAUUGCUGCGAAUAAAGUACCCCCUCCGCCUCCACUCCCUGCCUUGAAUGCCCCUCUCUCCGAGCGGCCAGGGAUCAGCGGUGGCGGCUUUGUCGUCUCUCCCCCAUACAGGCCGCCGCCACCAGCCACUGCCGUGCGUCCAAUUCAGCGGCAAAUGAGUGCAGAUGCAGCCGUGGUCAUUGUCAACGCGGUCAAGAAACAGUGCAGCACCACGUCUUGUGGCUCCGUGGGUCGGGACAGGGAGCGUGGAGGAGCCAGGGUGUACAGCCUGGAGGUCGCGGAGCCCCGGAGCCCAGACGGCUGCAACCAGCAACAGCACCAGUACCCCGACCGGGCCAGUCCCGUGGGCUGUGGGGAGCCGCUUGAGAGGCUGCCUUUAGUGGGGAGCGGGAGCUGCUGCGGAGGGGGUGGUGGUGGUUGCGACAGUGGUGGUUUUGGUGCCCAACAUCAGGACGGCCAGAAGUCACACCAUUACCACCAACAGCAACAAAUUCAACAACAACAACAACAGCAGCAACAGCAGCAGCAGCUGGAGGUGCAGCAGGACUACCACUGCUCGGAGCACCGCCACUCCGUCCCCGCUCUGUAUUAUGAAGGCUCCCACCAAGGCUCCCCGGCCCAGAAGGUUUCCUUCCUGAAGCCCCUGACGCGCUCCCGCAGGGAUGCGGCGUCUUACUCCCAACUUUCGCCUGCCCGUCACCAUUCCAGUUACUCCGGCUACUCCUCCGGCCCAGAGUACUCCUCAGAGAGCUCGCUGCGGAUCUGGGAGCGCUUUCGCCCCUACCGCAAAGGCCAGCGCGACGAGGCCUGUUACGUGACAGCCGGGAAUGCCCUUAGAAAAAAGGUGCAGUUUGCUAAAGGCGAGGACCUGCAUGACAUCCUUGAUUACUGGAAGGGGGUGUCAGCGCAGCAGAAGCUGUGACUGGGAUACCAGAGAUAGGCUUUCUGUGGAAAAGGGGUGUUUGCUUUUCCUGAUGGACAAUUUGAAGAUCACGCGGAAAAAAAUGUAGGACAAAAAAUUGCCUUUGUUUUUUUUUUUGAUUAUUGGCAUGCUAGGUGUACAGAAUAUCGUGCUAAAGUAAGGACUGCAAAACUGUGCCUGGGAUACGAGCGUCAUUAUGGUGUUUUGUUUGACAUUGUCAUUGUAGCACCAUUUUCUGGAUCAUUCUCAUUUAGUGUUUUUUUUUUACUUAUAGAAUAUAGCAUGGGGAGAAAUGCCAACUGUGUAAGUUACUACUGUUUGAGUGAUCAUGUUUUGUGGUCAUAUAGGCCAUUUUUAUCAGUGCCAUCAUUUCACUUCUGGGUAAUCAAAGAAAGUAGAUACUGAUAUCCUUCAUUUUAAUCUUAAGUCAUACAAUAUGUUGUUUUCUAUCGUUGGUAUUAGGUGCUGUUUCAAUUUACAGUGUGCACUUGGAUAUGUUAAGACAUAUUGGAGACUGACGGGGGAGUUAUCCUGUUACAAAUUAACCCCUUAUGUUCCUUUUACUAAGGCAAUUCAAUGCUGCUUUUCUGUACAAUGGAUACAUUUAACAUUACAGCAGUCCCAUUACAAAAAGGCAUGACCUACAAGCAACAAAAGACCAAAAGAAAUUGAAAGCAAGAUGCAAUAUUAGCAAAAAAGACAACACAUGGAAAGAUACAGGUCAUUUUUUUUUGCAGCCACUGUGAAUGUAAGUAGAUUACGAGCUGGUUACGGCUAAAUCCAUUUGCACCAUUCACCAAGAGCACCGCAGUACGUUUCAAAUCCAUUCUCCAACAUACAAAGGGAGUGAGGCACAGGGGGAAAGGACACUUCUAAUUACUGCCAACAUGUCUGUUCUGUUCUGGAAAUUGAUGCUAUUGUUGUCUGUUGAUAACUUAAUUAGCCAACUCAUGACAGGCAUGUUUGCUUGCACUUUAGGCCUCACGGUUGUGUGUGUGUGUGUGGCCGUAUGGUGCAGGGUGGUCAGUGUACGCGGGUGUCCGCCUCGGCAAAUGAUAUUGUAUGUGCCCAAUUUGACUUUAAUUAAUAGCUGUCACAUCUCGCCAAUUGGCUGGUUGUUUGAGUCUGAACAACACUAGAUUAUCAAUGGCACUGACAAAUGUAAAAAUAUCAUCGGUUCAUCGUAUUGGCCCAGAUGUACGUCACAUGACCGUGAUGCGAUACCCCAGCAGUGCGGUGCCUCUUGCCAACACAGCCACCAUCCGAUCCUCGUUAUCGUAGAGUGAUUUCCAUCUACUUCGCUUUUUCUAUUGAAAUGAUAUUCUUGUGAUUUUCAUUCGCUGGCAUUCUGGCAAAAGGCAUCCUGCUCAGUGCUGUGCAGCCUGUACAUGUUUACAUCAUCUGAGACCCUGAAAAUGUGAAAACUGAAUCAGCGUUCGUUGCUUCACUUUCUUUUUUUUUUAACGGGUAUAUUCCAGGGAAAAUUGGACAUAGUUAAAAUCAAGGAGCAUUUGUGCCCCACUUUGGAUCCUAACUUUCUUCCUGUGUGAGAUCCCCCCCUCCCCCACUGGCUUCCCCGCUCCCUCCGGUCCAAGAAAUUAAGGGUGCAGCGAGAAACCGAACUAAACAGAACAGAACUAUCCCCUGGCUUUGUAUUAAAUGACAGUACAACAGUGUACAAAUAUGAGAGGGUGUUGUAAGGCCUCGGCUAUACUCUGCCUGUUGAGGCGCGUGGGGCGGUUCUCUCCAAACUACCACGGAGAGUCUGUGCCCUUCUGACAAUCCACACCUGUGCAUUUCUUCAUCCACACCCCAUUCCAGUUGGUGUUGUGGUAUUUUAAUGCACCGUGAAGUUAUUUGCCAGGAUUUUAACGGCAUUUGGCCGUCUUUGUAUUUCUUUAAAGCUCAAUUUGGUUAGUCGAGGGUACGAGCAUCGGGAAAACAACCUCUCUCAAAAAUAAGCAUCUCAUUCCGGUGUCUUUCUCUUCUUGGCAAAUCAGCUAGAUAUGCUAAGCCACCAACUGGACUGCAGUGUGGAACCCAACACGAGAACAAACAGUCUGUGCAUAUUCUACUCAUACAGUCAGGCUGCUCGUAACACGCUUGGCCAAAUGUAGACGUCCAUUUUGGGACGCACCGCCUCUCCUUCCGUAUAUGAUAGAGCGCCACGUGAUGGACAUCCAGUCCCGGCAAUGUCUCCCUCUGAUCUUCUGAUAUCUGAUAUAAGAGUUUUUUUUCCCCAAAGGAACUUGCAACUGUGAUUGACUGACACAAAUGAGAGGAAAACGUUUUCUUCGCUGGUACAUUGUGUGACAGCACCUAAUCCCACGGAAGUUUACACAAAUGGACACUGAGGAUAAGUGGGACUGAAGAAAUAUCGGGAUUGCUCAUCAAUUUAGCUGUUUAUUUAUCUGACAAGAUGAAAUGUGACAGAAAAUCCUGAUUAUUACUGUAAUGUAACACGCAAUUCUACUUUUCAGGAUAUAGAUUUUCAGAGAGAUGUAUUUUCAAGUGCUCUUCUGCUUCUAUCAUUUGAUUCACCAGAACGUUGUCAAUGCGGGAGAAUCUUUCUAAUGAUGUACAACCAGUUUUCAACUCAACAACGAGUGAUAUUUUGACUCCGAUAGUCAUCAUGAAUAAUUACCUAAAGGCCUGCUAGCUAAACAAGGGUUACACACUGGAAAUACACAAGAUACAUGUUUGUUUAUGGACACAAAGGUUUGAUUGACGGAACACACACUGGUGUAAUAGCCAAAUGAAUUAUUUAAGUCUCAAGCACCAGAAGCAUUUUUCCCAGUAGCCACGUCAAGACACCAAACAUAAACAAGAACCUUCCCGUCCUUCUCACGCUGCUCAUAUCCAGAAGAAACCCUGCAGCUCGCAAACUGAUCAAUGGUCCUUUUUGUAGCACCUUCCUUGUUGUUUGUUUCAGAGCCGCAGGAAAGCCAGACGUGAGAAAGACCUCUAAUGUGCUAAUAAUGUUAAUCUUGUUUCAGAGCAGACUGGACUUUGGUUGCUUCCCUUAACUUAACAUCGCAGUUUUGGGGGUAAUGCGAAGCUGCCGUACUAAUCACUAAUGCAGUAAACACUAUUAUUUUGCUUGAUCAUUUACAGUAAAAUAAACACAAAUCUGUGAAUGCACAAAACACACACACACACACGUACACAGAAGACGGAAAAAUUGGAAAAAAGUGAGUCAGAAUGAGUCAGAGUCUGACUCAAGCAGAAUAACUGUUUCCCUGAAAGGCAGGUAAUGGACGAGGUCUUCAAAGAGAGGCGAGCACCAAGCAAGAGGGGUUUUUGGCUGAAUGCAGGCAGACGAGAGAGAGAGAUGGCAGCAUGACUGCACUAAAACCUAACAUGCAUGAUUCAUUGGUCCGCCUGCAAUGAACCAUUACAAACACACACACACACACACACACACACAUAACAAGAGCGUAUCGUGGGAACAACUAAUGUUCAAAACGUUGGUGUUACUGACGAGUGAAAGUGGCGCUUGAAGCCUCGGGGAGGAAGGGCUUCACUUCCACUCCGUCUCAAAGCAGGUGUCCCUGUGACACUGACGGUGGGUCUUAAAUCCUUUCAUUUGGUUUCUGUACACCUUUUGUUCAACAGUCCAUUAAGUCCAUUAGCUUAGCGUGUGGGUGAUCAGCCGGAUUUGAUAAAUGGGGAAACGGUGCUGUGUUUCCCGCUCACGAUGAGCCACAGAAGACAGACGCGCGGCGUCUUUUAAGAAACGUCGCUGGAAUUCGUCCGGCCAGUGAGCGAUCACUUUUUUAACCAGGCGGCGCUGACGGGCCCGAGCGCUUCCAACGCCAGCACUCCGAGUGGGUGUGGGAAUCGUUCCCUGACUUCCAUGUCCAGAACGUAGCAGACGACACAUGUUCUAAUUUAACAACAAAAAUACUACACAACACAACACAAAGGGAUCGAUUCGAACCUCCUUUGUAGUUGUUUAAAAGGCAGAGAUCUCUUAUAAUUCUUAAGAAAAAGAGCAGAAGAGCGUUUUAAAAUGCUGUCAGUGUUGUAAGCCCAAUUAAAGGUUUGCCACCUGAUUUUAUCUACACUUUUUAGACACACACACACCUUUAUUUACGCUUAUGCAUUAACUCUGCAAGGUUUAGUUUCCAAAGACGGAUAAAGGACUUAAAGAAUCUGUGAAAUAUCUGUGAAUUUUGUACACUAGAUAAAAGAUAGAAAAAAUACUAAGGUUUUAAAAAAAAAAAUGCUUCUAUGGAUGUUUUAUACUCAGCCUGAUCUCUUGAUAUGUCAUAUGUGUGUUUCUCUAUUUUCAGUUGGCUGUUUGUAUUUGUUUAUUUUUUUAUUUUGGUGGGUUGAGCAGGUUGGUUAUUGGGAACCAGGGGAUUGACCUUUUGUACAUGCAAUGAUAUAUGUCAUAACGGUUUAAUAACAGAGGAAGUUUAACAUAGUGUACUACAUAAAAGAAAAGUUGUUAUAUUUGCAUGACUCCCUGUAUUUUUUGAGAGAAAAAAAUAUAUAUUGUUGUGUGCAAUGAGUGGACGUACAUUGAAAACAAAAACUGUAGGGGCUGAAAUCCAGUGUGUGUCCUUUUGAUUUGAACCUUUAGGCUUUAGCCGUUUUUUAAAUUCUUUUUUGCCGUUCUCUAUUUACAUUCUAACCUUUUUUGGGGGGGGUUUCAUUUGGGUGAUUUGUAUUACGUGCGGACACUGCGGUUGCCGUUGCUACUCGUUUGCAGGCCACCGGCUCUUGGAGUACGCGGCACAAAGACGGGGUAAAAAUGUCCGAGGCUGGUGGGUGUUUACAUCCAUCUGGUAGAAGAAGCGGCGCUCUGUUCUUCGCUGUUGCAAAAGAUUAUUCUCCGUGGCAGACAUGCGUAGCUAUCUUCUUUGGCUUGAGGCGCGGCCCUGUCAUAGUUUGCGGUUGUGCCUCCUCUCGACUCGGCUGUCUCCUCUGCGGAAAAGCACGAUACCCGACGACGUGUGUUCAAAGAGGAGUGACGCUGCAGAUUGUCUAAUGGUUUUAACCUAAUCCCAAUCAGCGGCCUCUGUCAGAUACAUCCUCCGCUCCCACUGCCUGCUGCUUUCCUAUCAACUUGUUAAUUGAAUUCAUCUUACAUCCCAGCCGGUUGUAAAUCAAGUCUUUUUCUCAUUUUCUAUUAUGCACUGUAUCAUUCGUUCUUCUGUCUUCUGCCGAACCGCUUCUUGCGUGCAGAGAAAAGGGCGCGUCUCAACUUGAUUAGAAAAGACGAGAUAGCUGCACCGCUGUGGGAGCUAAAACUAUAAGCUACAACUAAACGGGAAGUCCUCAAGAACAUGAAUGCAGUCAACGGAAGACUGUUUCUAUUCAACCGCACUCAAAAACGUCUGUUAUUAGAAAGAGACGGAGAAAGAAAUGAAAUCAAAUUGGUUCCAGUAGAGCCUGUAAGUUAAAUGAUGCAAAGUCGUGACUGCAUUUCAUUUGGCGGCCAUCCAGUAAAGCAUUGGCAGCACCCGGUGCUGAUGCAUCAGUUAUUACAUCAGGGUUCGUACCAUGACAGCGACCCAUAAUUCAUAGCCAUGUUUACAUGAGUGAGUCUAGUGGGACGAUACAACUUGGAUGCGUAGAAAGAAAUCUGAUCGACGAUUUUGGUGCCAGCAGCGAGUCUUUGUUUUCUGUGGAGAGAAAUUUGCUGAAUUUCCAUCGGUUCCACUGCGAUUCUAAACACAAGGCUUCGGUGUUCAGCAAGUAGGAAUGAUCGGCCUCGUCAGUGCCAGAGACUGAAAACUGAGCAGCCUCCAAAAAUGGCUGUCGGUCCACAGAGAGGAGGCGGGCGCCCUCGACCCAUCGAGGAGAUGGAACGUCUGUGGUUUGAUAGGUUCAAUGGUGUCACGGCCUUUUGGCGAGGAAAAAAAGUAUCCACCGCCUAUUCACACAAUUCACAAACGAGGACUUUCAGAAUGAACGCACGCCGCAGAACUGAAUCAAACUAAUAUUCAGUGAGAAUUAGGGACAUAAAUCUGCUCAGUCAGUAAGCAGUGACUUACCCCCCCCCCCCCCCCAGGUAUGUUUUAUUUUGGUGGCAUCUCAUCUUACCUUUGCGAAAGCAUGCUUUUCAUUUUACAACACUCACAAGGGACUGAGAGCAGAAACAUGUCAGUGUUUUUAAUAAACUGCGUCAUCAUUCUAGUUUAUUUUUUGCCGUUUGCGUCGCUAGAGGCUUCUUGCCCUGACAGUGCCAUCCGAAUGCCCACGUGACUUUCCUCUCUGGUCUCUGUGACGUUUAGUGGCCACAAGGGAAAGACUUAACCGAGGAUUGGAUGACGGGAACAAUUUUUUGCUUUUCUUCUUUCUUCAAUUAUUUGUUGCUGAUACUGACAUUUUUUUCCCCUUGCAAUUUCUGUACAAAAGAUCUAUUUCUAUAUUUGCAAUAAAUUUGUAAUUAAAAAUGAAAA